AUUAAAAGUUAUUUUAUGUUGAAUUAUUACCGUUCAGGGUGUGCCGUUGACGCAUGCGCACUGAUGUAGCUGAAGGCAGGCGUCAUAAUAUAUCCGGGGCUGAAGACAGACACGACUCAGAAUAUCUCAGGAGCUGCGCGUCAACUGAACAGGAGCCGCAUCUCGUUGCCAGGACAACUACACUUCCGGCAGCACCAGAGGAGUGGUGCAGGGAACCAUCACCGUUAAUAGCUUGAGAGGUUGUGAGAGUUUGAUGACUGGAGGAGGGAGCCAAAUCACGGUUUUCUUCACUGAACUGGACAGAUGUGGAACUCGACAAAAGUGGUGAGGGAAGUAACACUUGAAGUCCAGUAUAUCUGCCUCGACUGUGAAGACCAAUAUGCUGCCUGGCUCUGUUGUGAAGCCCAGUAUGUCUGCCUCUGUUGUGAAGCCCAGUAUGUCUGCCUCGAUUGUGAAGCUCAGUAUGUCUGCCUCGACUCUAAGUCUAGAUACCAAACACGAAGAUCUGAACAGAUUCCGGUAUGAACUGGCUGUGACUAAGGCAGGACGAGACGCGCUAGCAAGUGUGUUUAUGUGGUCGUACCGGGGCACCUUCCCAGUAGUGACUUACCUCACUCAGGACUUGGGGUACACCAAUGCUCAGUACAGGCGUGUCUUCGAUGCUCACCAGAGGGAUAAACUCGAAGCUUCCUCUGACGCGGCAACUUUUGACAUCACUCUGUUGUAUAAACUCCUGCAACGUGUGUGUGGUCUGGCUGAGAUGAAUGACCCCACGUGGACCACUCCAGGGCCUCAGGGACCAUCACUUGAACACCUCAUUUACAGCCUGAAGCAACACCGAAACACGUUGACAUUUGAAUAUAUGAUAAUGACAGAGCAAGACCUCAGGAAUACACUGACGGAGCUCAGUGACUUAUUGGCUAAGAUGCUGGCUGAGGCUGGCGUCCGGUGUGGGACAAACAACCAGGAUGUGGACCACGUGACCAGAGAUGUCACCAAGUAUAUUGGUGGUCUGCUAUUGAAGGUCAGAGAGCCGCUGGACCCCUCAGAUGUGCAGUACUUGCCUCUACUCCGCCAGGAGAUUAAGAUGUUCAGAAGCCACAUCACAGAAGAGGUUAAGCAGAUGAGCAAGCAGGAGCUAACUGACGGGUAUAAACUGCUGUACCAGAUUGUUCCCGCACCCUGGCUCCUCCUCAACAUUAACUACAACCCAAGUCUUGCUUUUACACGACUACGACUCCUUGAAGAUCCCGUCAUAGGGGCAAGACCAAGGGUCAAGUGCCAGGAUGUGAACUAUGAAGACAUCUUGAGUAUGAGACGAGAGGACGGAAGAGUCCCUGAGUGUGUCCUUCUGACGGGGGAAGGUGGUAUGGGCAAGACAACUUUACUCAAGCUCAUCCUCGAGAAGUGGGUAGAGGACCCUGCUGCCAUACAUCACCUGGGCACUGUGAACCUUGUUUUCUAUGUACAGUGCAGGGACUCACAUCUUAAUACCUUCGAUGAUCUCCUCCGCCAGUCGCUACCUCAAACACUUUGUGAUAUUUAUGUUGACUUCCAACUGUUUAAGGAGAUAAUCCUGAGCUUAAAUAUAUUAGUCCUGAUUGACGGCUACGACGAGGUCAACAACCAUUCAGGAAGGCUGGUGAAGGAGCUGUUGCACCUGCCUGGCAAGGAUGUGAGGUUGGUGAUAACCACACGGCCGGGGUGGGACCAACACCUGUCACAGCUCGUCCCACACACCAGACCUCGCUGCAACAUCCUCGUCUUGGGCAUCACUCCAGAACGUCGCAAUGAGUUUGCCGAGAGAAUCAUCAACAGUCGAGUGCAGGAAGAGAACCAACGAAGUGUCAUCAGAGAGAGGUUUACCCAGCGGCUGGAGCAGGUGAGUGAAUACCUCAACACUCCACUCACCUUGACCUUGUUGGUGCUGCUGUGCAUCGAGGCUCCAGAAGAAUUUAACAAUAUCACAACAAUUUCUCAGAUGUAUCAGAAGAUUCACGACUUCAUAACCAGCAUACUGGUGUCCAGACUCACAGACAAACACGUGACCGACCCUAAAGGAAAAUGUGACCAGUUUUUGUUGUUCUUUGAAGAGAUUAGUUUAAGAGGGAUCCAGAGGCAGGAGUACGACCUUUGGCCGGAGACGGAAGCGGAGAUUAGGGAGAAGUGUGACACUCUGGGACUGCCGCAGGAGGAGGUCUUGUCCAAUUAUUUCACAAGAACCAGCUACCGUCGGGGCCUCAGUGUGGUGUGGGUGUUUGGCUAUUUUCACACCAGGUACCAGGAGUAUUGUGCUGGUAGGAGGCUGGUCACUCAGCUGAUGUCAGAGGAAGAGCUCGGCGACCAGGGAAACACCAACCUCGUGCACAAAGUACUGCUGGAGGGACAAAAUGUGGUUGAUACAUCCAGAUACCAGAACAUCUUGCUCAGUACUACCUGUGUGCUGAACGUUCGUGAAUUGGAACAAAAUUUCGCUUCUUGGAUUAUUGACCUUGUGUGGUGUAAUGAUCCUGAAGUGGAUAACCUUUUAAAACACAUAGUCGAGUCCCACAGCAACGAGCACAUUAUCAAUGCUGUGUGUAAGAGGUUGCAAGAUUGGAAUUGUUGGAAUAUAAAGUGUGUUGAUUCAUGGGCCGUUCUCCCGCUUGUUCUCAAGAGAGUGAGACCUGAUAGCGAAAUCGUGCUGGAGAUCGAAAGUAGUCUACAACCAAACCAACUAAUGCCAGCAUUGAGAGUUCUGAUGACAUUACCGAUUACUGUAAACGUGCUUCUCUAUGGUCACUACUAUUGCAGAAAUGACGAUGACGAUCUUUCAAACAUAUAUUUAGAAACAUUGACAGCUCCUGGCAGUAGGUGUACCUUAGAGAAGUUUGUGGGUCGAUUGUCUGAGGCAGCCAUACCCCACUUGCCUCCCACCCUCCGGAGCCUCGCCCUGCGCCUCACACUGCAGCAACUGCCCGUCCUCACACAUCACCUGCCACUCCUUUGCCGUGUCACUGAACUAAGUAAAUAUUAUUAUUUUUAUCCUUAUAGUUUAUUAGUAAACUGUAAAAAAUAAUCAAUAAGAUGUUUAAGCAUCAGUUUUAAUGUGUUUGACAAUACAUAUGUUAUUUAUAGAUAAAAUAAAUACUGAAAUGGCAAAACCAUCCAGAAAUUAUAAGCUUUCUAAACAUCUGUUCCUAAAUGUAUUGUUAUACAUAUUUCUACAUUUUGUAACGAAGUUGUUCUGAUCUUCAACUUUUAAUGCUAUUACCUCUUGCCUCAUUUAUUUUCCUCUUUUAUUGACAUUGAAUCAUCUUAUGCUAAUAAAAAUAUAGAAAACCGACACCAUUACAGAGAGUAACUUCACAUUAUUUGGCACAACAUAGAUUUCAUUUUAAUAGUGCUUGAUGCGGCACACUGAAUCUAGAUACCUCUUCCUCAACAAUAUUAACUGCAUGGUUUCUGACUUCAUAACAUUUUAGUGUUAAAAUACUAGCAUCCCUCUUUUGAUUUUUUUUAUAAUAGUACCAAAGUGUAAAGUCUGAAUAAUGCAAUUUUGGAAAGCCUUCCAUGGAAACACAAACCGAAACUGUCUCUAUUUUCCGCUUGUUACAACUUGUAAUAAAGCUGUUACAUCUUGGCUUAACGUGUUUAUGACGUAUUAGAACGUUGUUACAACUUGCUAUAUUGGUUGUUAUAACUGGUUAGGAGGUGUUAAAACUUGUUCGAACGUUGUACCAACGUCGUAGUUUCGGUGUGUGUUUGGUGGGUAAUUGAUUUGAUUCGUCAUAUUCUUCAUCCCUCAAGUUCUUUUGGAACACUACAGUAUGCAUUCCUGUUCUCUUGCAACUCUUACUUGCAGUUUAAUUAUAAUUUUUACAGCUGAGAUAUAUGCAAUUUUAUAUGCUCUUAUACAAAUUUAUAUUACUGAAACAAAUAUCACUUAUUAUUGUUUGUUGACUCUGCAUGCACCUUUCUGGCUAUGAAAUCCUUAAAAUCCCAUUACUAUGGCUAAAUAU